AUGUAUCGAUCAUCUUGGAAAUCAAUUGUCCGUGUCAUUACAAGAAAUAUGAAACGGUUUGGUUUUGGCAUGUCUCUCUUUUCCGAUCUAUUUUGUGUCAAACCAUCAGUAGUUGAACAAUCACAAGUACAAGUACAAGUGCAGCCACAGCAAGAACAGUCACAACAACAACAACAACAACAAUCUAAACCUAUACUAAAAAGAAAAAAGAAAGAAGAAGAUGAUGAUAAACAACAGCAACCAUUACCACAACUUAUCGAAUCACCUGAUUUAAAAGAAGAGCAACAACAACAACAACAAGAUGACAAUGUCGUGAUAGUAGAAGAAGAGGAGAAGGAGAAGGAGAUAGAAAUGGUAGUGAGUCUAUCACCUGCAAGAACACCAAUCAAACAACAAAAACAAGACCAUGAUGGAAGAGGUAUAAGGAAUAAUGCUAUUAUUCCAUCUCCAGUAUCGACCAAUGACAAUAUCCGUAGUAGCCGACCAACCACUCCCAUUAAAUUUGAUUUAAAUGAUAGUGUGCAAGAAGAAGAAUCUGGUGGCAGCUCUGGUACAGGUGAUAGUAGUGCUAUUCUUGAUGCGUCCCAAGACGACAUUAACUAUAGUCUCCCAAGAGUUGACUCUAGUGCCCUCCUAAGUAGCCUUUUCUCUCUACACCUUGGUUCUCCCUUAAAACGAUCCCAACGAAUGGUCGAUAUAUAUCCACUACCACCACUCACUCCAUCUACAUCUACUAUUAUAAAUAAUAAUAUUAAUAAUGAAAAUAAGGCUAACAAUAUUAUUGUUGCUAAUCAAACUACUACUACUACUAUAGUAGUUGAACAACCACCACCAACAACCAACAAUCAAUUAAAUAUGGUACCAGAUAAACUACCUGUAGAAAUAGCUCAAGACAACAAUGGACUAGGAAACAUUGUCCAGCAGGACGAACAACAAACACCCAACAAGGUUGAUCAACAUAUCAUCAUUCUUGAUGAUGUUCAAACCCAACCAAACAUCCAACAACCACAAACUCUACAACAUCAACAAGUUGAAAUAUUUGAAGUAUCUCAACGAAUCAAUAAUAAUGAUAUCAAUACUACUAAUAAUAAUAAUAUUAAUAAUAUUAAUAAUAAUAAUAAUUCCACAACAUCGAUGGAUAAUUUGGUACAACAAAAAAGACAGACUAAAAAUUUAGGAUUAUCAUCAGGAUUGGAUGGAGCCUAUUGGUCUGCACCAAUUGAAUCGAAAAGACAAAAAAAGCCUGUUCAAAGUUUGUUUUUUGACUAUAAUAAUGAUAAAACAACCAAGACGGCUGUCUCUACAUCACAAACCAAAGUUGUGACAGCAAUCAAAUCAACUAAAACGACAAAACCAACAACAAAAAAAAUAGUUGGUGAAAACCCAUUACCAAUUGUUAAUCCAGUUGCCAGACUAGGAUCUAAAAAGUCAACUACCAAAACAAAGACUGAAAAGAUCCAAAGAUCUGCCAAAAAAUUAAAUCCAAAAGAUCAAUUACAACAUCAACAACCAUCUUCAUCUUCAUCAUCAUCAUCAACAACAACGAAUGAAGUUUCAAAGGGUAAUACUAAUGAAACGAAAAAGAAAUUACAAAUCAGAAUAACAUUUGUACCAAAGGAUCCUCAAACUCCAACCAAAACUGUUACAAGGUAUAUUGAAACAGCACCACCAUUACCAAAUAAUUUAUUCUCCAAGGACAUUUUACUUGAUACAUCAAUUGUUGGUACAGAUAACCAAUUAUUCAAGGAUACAUUAUUGGAUACUACCUCUACAGUAGCAGCAGAAGAUUUAAAAGAAGGAUUUUUAGCAUUUGCAGGAUUACAUAGUAAUGUUAAAUUGUUUGUUGGUGGUAAAGGAUGUUUAAACAAUAAGGAUUGGUUGGAUCGAGAGAAUAUAUCUUCAUUUAUCAAUGUCACCAAAGAGAUUACACAUCCCAAGGAUGUAGAGACUAAUCAUUUUCUAAGAAUCUCUGUUAGUGACUCGAUGGACCAACGAAUCAGUUCCCAUUUUAGCGAGGCGGUAGAAUUCCUCAGCCAAUCAUUGGGAAAUAAUAAACCAGUAUUGGUGCACUGUCGCGAGGGUAGAAGCAGAUCGACGACCAUUGUCAUUGCCUAUGGUAUCAAAGUAUUGAAUAUGCCACUCAAACAAUGCUAUGAAAUCGUCGCCAAAAAUGUACCUCGUAUCAAUAUCAACAGUGGAUUCUUGAAUCAACUAAUGGAAUAUGAAUACAAUACUCGAGGUAGUAAUAGUAUCAACUUUUUUGAAAAGUCUUCAAGAAGGCAAGCUGCUGCUCAAACCUCAACAACUUCAUCAACCUCAACAUCAUCCACUUUUUCUUCUCUAAGAACUUCUAAUAAAUAA